AUGAUAAGGGGCAUUGGGGUCGAUCUGCUGUGUCUUCCGAGGCUGGAGACGCUUCUCGGAAGGAGAAAAGCGGGUAUCGAGAGGCUCGGCAGACGUAUUCUCACACCAGGCGAGUUGUCUUCGUUUCCAGCGCAUAGCAGUAUAGACACACAGCUGCGGUAUUUGGGAAUGGUCCGCAAAAGAGGCAGCGUACAAGUCCCUUUACCCUCAGUAUCGCUCUACAUGGCAUCAGUUGGAGGUUUCCAAGCAGGACAGCAAGCCAACAAUUAUUCACAACAGUAUCAAUCCAUCUAUCUUUCUACAUUUAUCGAUAUCCCACGACGGUGA